AAUUUGACUUCAAUGUCACUGUUGAUGACGUCAUGAUUCCUGCGACGCUUUUCGCGAACUCGUGUUUUGAGUAGGCGAUCUGUGCUGUCCUAGCCUGUAUUAAAUUGAUAUUAUUAACGUAACAUUUGAACAAUAAUGUCGUUUAUGGAUGACGAAGCAUCGGACAGUGGGGUCGACUCAAGAUCACGGUUGGAAAGUUUUGUAUUCAGUUGCGAGUUGUCCUCUGAUGUUCCAUUUUACACUUUUCAAGCAGAUGAUGAUGAUGAUGAUGAUGUAGAACAUUUUCUCGAGCUCAGAACGAUUUGUCUGGGUGAUGGUGCCAAAGAGGAGAAUAAUGUGGUGGAAGUGACCGCUAUGAAUCACCAAGGAAAGAAAUUGUCGGUGCCUGUAGCUAAUCUUCACAAAUCCUGUCUACCUAUGGUAAGCCUUGGUGAGUUUGAGUUGAUGGCUCCUGUUACACUACGCCUGAAAUCUGGAUCUGGACCAGUGACUGUCAGUGGGCUGCAUUUAGUUGCCACAGAGAAUGAGGAAGACACUGACAUGUCAGACGAGGAAGAUGAUGAUAGUGAGGAGGAAAUCCCUGCAGUCAAACCAGCGAAGAAAAAGCAGUAGCUUUUAGAUUUUUACCAGAUUUAAUUGAAAGUGACAUAGGAUUUAACAGAUUUUUGCACUGUCAGAUGUGGUUGCAAAUGUUAAAUCGAAAGGUAAAGGUCUUGCGAACUUUUGACUUCAUGUUGAAAAUGAUUUUAUUUCUUAUAAUACUGUGACUUAUGCAUACAAGUGUCUGCAUUAAUGUGGUGGUUUCUCACAGUAAAGUAUGUGAGCUGCUAAUGUCAAGAUUCAGUCCCAGUGACCUGGGGAUUGAAAUUAAAGUCCUGUCCUAUCACUAUUGUGUCCUUAAAGGAAAAACAAUUCACUAAAUUAUCUAUUCGAUUUCGGUUUGUUUCUUAUCUAAACUUACCAUUGCAUACAAUAAUUGUAUUAGACUUGUGAAUUAUACUUUUGCAUUCUUUAUGAAACUUGAAGAGGUGGUCACCAUAAACUGGCAUUAUGACACCACUGAGCACAAAUCUUUUUUCAAUUCCUCCCUUUAAUAUGACUUUCUUUUUCUUAACACAAAGUCAAACUGCAUCUGCCUUUAACGGAAAGCACCAGCAGUGUUCUCUAUUGUUUGUCUUUUAUCCCACGGUCACUUGAUAUUGUUCUUAUUGGUCUUUUUUUUCUUUUUUUUUUUUUUUGCAACAAAGGUUUUGAAUCCCUUUUAGCCCCUUUUUAAAGGACUGAUAGAAUAAUGGUUUGCAUGGGGAACAAGGCGUUGAUAUAAAUCUUAAAGGACUGCCAUUUUUGUAUUUUUACAAUUUAUUUACAAAAUCUGUAAAUAAAAUGUUGUUAGUAGAAUCUGUGUGGUUACAUUUUUGACAAGCUCAUUUUGUCAUUUUGGUAAAUUCAGCAUUAUAUCAUCAAAGAAAAAAAUGCUAGUGCUUUAGUGUUUCUGUCUUGUCGGGCACAUCUCACGCUCCUUACCUUCUAUCUGAUCCCACAAUAGCUCAAUGGGGUUAAGAUCCAUAACACUUUUUUCCAAUUAUCUGUUGUCCAAUAUCUGUUUCUUUGCCCACUCUAACAUUUUUCUUUUUGAUUCUCUGUUUCAAAAGUGGCUUUUUCUUUCCCAUUCUUCCCAUAAGGCUGCACCCCUGAGUCUUCUCUUUACUGUUGAACAUGAAACUGAUGUUGAGCAGGUAGAAUUCAAUGAAGCUGUCAGCUGAGGACAUGUGAGGCAUCUAUUUCUGAAACUAGUGACUCUGAUGUAAUUAUCCUCUUGUUUAUUUGUACAUCUGACAUUCCACAUCUCUUUCUGUCCUUGUUAGAGCCAGUUGUGCUUUGUCUUUGAAGACUGUAGUGUACACCUUUGUAUGAAAUCUAGUUUCUUUUUUUUUUAACUUUUUUGGCAAUUUCAAGCCUUUUUGUAGCCUUAAUUCCUCAAAACAAUGAUUGACUGUGAGUGAUUGAGUUUCUAGAGAAAGCUGUUUCUAUGUUGCCAUUUUUUACCUAAUAUUGACCUUAAGACAUGCCAGUCUAUUGCAUACUGUGGCAAGAAAAAAGACAAUGUGAAGCUUAAUUUAACAAAGUAGCUUUCAACUGUGUUUGAUGUAAUGACAAGUGAUUUUCUAGUACCAAAUUAGAAAUGUAUCACUUUUUCAAAUAGUGAUGGUGCUGUUUUUUUACAUCAGUAAUGUGCUCACUUUACUUUGUGAUCAGAUUAAUGCCACUUUGGUGAAUUAAAGUACCAAUUUCC